GCUCGCCACCUCCACGCACCCGGGAGCAAAUGGAGCUCCAACAAGUAGAGAGGAUCCACUUGAGGCUAGAGGAGGAACUUAGGCAGGCUACUAAAAGAGAGAGAGAUCAAAGAAAGAAGUGUCAGAUUAGAGGGCAGGGAGGCGGACAUGGCUGCGCUAGAGGCACUAGAGGACUCCGCACUCAACACUACAGGAAAGAUCCUGAAGGCAAGUGUCCUAUCCAUGCAUGCAUACAUAGAUAGUAAAAUGGACGCAAUGCAGGAUACUCUAGACCAGAUUUUGCAAGCGCUACAUAAGCCAGGGAUCCGGCCAGCAGCUUUACCAUCAUUGCCACUCUCAGCGAUGACAGGCCUCUAUGCAGCUCAAUCAGGACCACCACCAAGUGUACCAUCAACAGUAGCUCUAUCUCAGACUGUUGCUUCUUCAUCUUCUGGUCCAGCGACUGUUGCUACACCACAGUCCCCACCUGUCUUGCAACCGGGACAACAAUAUCCUUGGUACCCCAAGACCCCACUGAACCCACCUGCAACCUUCUCAGGAGACACGAAGGAUGAGGCUCUCGACACAUGGUUGAGAACGGUGCCUGUGUGGGUGAGGGCAAAAAGGACAUUGGUAGAAGAGGAAGUGAUUACUGCCGCAUCCUACUUAAAGGGUUCAGCAGCCCGCUGGUUAAAUGGAUUGGUAGCUUCAAAGGACUUCGACAGGAACAUGCAUGAUUGGGCGCAGACCCACACAUUAGAAAGCUUUAUGGACUUAGUGGAGGCUCGUUGGCACAACCCUCGGCAGGCACUGAUUACCACCGAUGGGCUCUUGAAACUUGAUACUAAAAAGUACAAGUCUGUGCGGGAACUCACCACAGCCGUAGAGCGCCUGAUCGUCGUCCCGGGAGUGGAGUACAAUCCACAGGUCUUGCUGACCAUGUUCCUGAGAUGUCUUUCCACAGACAUUAGGAAUUUAUUAGCCAGCGAGGCUCGCAGAGAGUAUCACACCUUUGAGUCAUUCAGCAAGAAGGCCCUAGACUUAGAGGCUACGUUGGGUGGAGCUCAAACACCUUCUACGGACGGGAGAAAGAAGAAGACUCCACAAGAGUGGAAGAAGAAGGGUAGUCGAUUGAUGAUGGUUGAUUCCGAUGGAAAUCAAACCGAGAUCGAUGAUGUUUCCGAUCUUGUGGAGGAUUCAGAGUUUGACGGCGAAGAUAGUGCUGAGGAAGGAGAAAUAAACCACAAGAUAUCAUUCUUGGUGAGUGACGACUUGCCCUUUGACAUGUUGUUGGGCAUUUACUACCUCGAGGUUGCCAAGCCCCAGUUUGACURGGACAAGAAGGUGUUGAAGCAUGAGUUGCCUAGUGGGAGAACCGUGAGACUAGCCAAGUGCAAAGCCAGUAGGUUAGUAGACUCCUAUGCGUGCUUAUGCGCAUCUACCUUUUAUAAUUAUUAUAAACAAAACCAAGAGGAAGGAAUGUACUUAGUCUAUGUCUUUGCAAAAGGGGAGACCGUUGAAACACCCCCAGAGAUAGAGACCAUCGUCGCUAAGUACCCAGAUCUGUUCGAGGAGCCUACAGGAGUCGUAGACAGGGAGAUUGUCCAUGCCAUAGAGAUUAUCCCAGGAAGUAAAACACCUAAGGGUAGAAUCUAUAGGAUGGCUCCAGCCGAGUUGGAUGAACUUCGGCGACAACUGAAAGAGCUCACAGAGAAGCACGCCAUGAAUAGGAUCUUCCAUAACUACUUAGACAAGUUUGUUGUCGAGUACCUCGACGACAUACUUAUCUUUAGUAGAUCUGUCGAGGAGCAUGCUCAACAUAUACACAAAGUACGUUCACUCCUUCGGCAGCACAAGUAUAAGAUAAACUCUGCGAAAUGCGAGUUUGGUCGCACUCGAAGCUUGUACUUGGGUCAUGAGGUAUCCGCGGAUGGAAUUAGGCGCGAAGAUGCGAAGGUGGCUAGCAUUCGUGACUGGCCACGACCCCACUUUGUGAUUGAGGUCAGAUCAUUCUUGGGAAUGUGUGGUUAUUACCGCAAUUUCGUAAAGAAUUAUAGCACGAUUACAUCUCCCUUGACCGAUCUAACUCGACUUGAUACACCAUGGGACUGGACCGACGAGUGUGAGGCAGCUUUCAAGCGUUUGAAGCAUGCUCUCACGCAUCAUGAGGUUCUCAUGGUACACGACCCGCAAAGGCCGUUCGUUGUAACCACUGGCGCAAGCCAAUAUGUGAUUGGCGCAGUGCUGGCUCAGCAGGAAGGGAAGAAGCUGAGACCAAUCGAGUACAUGAGCAAAAAGAUGCCUUCAAAGAAGUUGGCGAAGUCCACCUACGAGAGGGAACUCUACACUCUUUACAAGGCACUUGUCCACUGGAGGCACUACCUGUUAGGAAGGUUCUUUUACUUGAGAACUGACCAUCAGACACUCAAGUGGAUCAAGACUCGACCAGUUCUCUCCGAUGCAUUCAAACGCUGGAUUGAAGUCAUAGAUCAAUAUGAUUCCAAACUAGACUAUUUGAAGGGAGAGUACAACAAGGUUGCARAWGCGUUGUCUAGGAGGGCAGACUACCUAGGUGCGCUGAUUUAUGAGUUUGGUUUGUCUGAGGACGUGACUCGAUCGUUGGAUGAAGCCUACAAGGAAGAUCCCAUCACGAUGGACAUCAUCAACAAACCACAGGCUAAAGAUAAGGCCACCACUGAUGAGUUUGUGAUGGUGGAUAGGUUGCUCUUUCUUGAGAAGGCAGGGUUCAAGAGGUUAGUUGUUCCAUCUAGAGAGACUUUGCGUAGUUUAUUUUUAGGUGAGUGCCACGACGCAAUGGGACACUUGGGCUAUAAGAAGACGAGUGCUAAUUUAGUACAGCGAUUCUGGUGGCCCAACAUGCUUGACGAUGUGAAGAAGUACGUGGAGAACUGUCAGGUCUGUCAGCGGGACAAGCCGCGGACUCAAGCUCCGCUUGGGUUACGCAAGCCCUUACCCAUUCCUGCGGGCCCAUGGCAGAGUAUCUCCAUGGACUUCAUGGAUACUCUUGUGACGAGCAAGAAUGGCAAGAGGCACAUCUUCGUCAUAGUGGAUAGGUUCACUGAGUACGCUAGACUAAUCGCCAUGCGAGAGACUGCCAGGACUGAGCACGUCAUUAGGUUGUUCAUGGACAACUGGGUAUUUACAGAUACCGUAGCUGCCGCCAAGGCUCAGCAGGAGGCAGCAGAGGCAGAACGUCAGCGGCUGGCCAAUGAGGCGGCAGCCCAAGCUCAGCAGACUGCUGAGGCUGACGCAGCGGCACGAGACCAACGGAAUGCCGCCAGUACGGAGUCCCUGAUUCAUAGUGAAAGUAAGUGGACAACGUUCCUCCAAGGCAUGAUCUUUGUGCCUUCGGACGCGCAGGCAGAUCCGACACCGGCGGAGGCAGAGAGGACUCACCUGGCUAACAUGAUGCUGGGCAUGAUGAGAGGCAUCAUGUGGAAUAACACACUGCUGCAGGCACAUCUGCGCACGGAACGACAGCAGCGACAAAAGUACCAGCAAGACAUUGCUGUUUUAACAACUGCCAUCCGCGCCGAAGCAAUGCAGCAGCAGCAACAGCAUCAGCUGUUGAACUCCCCUCUCGCACGCAUCAACAGCAUUGAGGCUAACGCCUCAGCAGCGCCAGGCUGCACAACAGACGCGACGAAGCAACUCAAUGAGCGCAUUGAUCACGUCGUCACCAUCAUCGGCGACAUAGGUGUUUUCAAUGGGCCAGACACGAUCAGUAGCACGGUGGCCGCCAUCAAGACGGACAUCACCAAGCUGCGGACGAGACCGGACGCCGCUACAAAGACUUACAAGAUGCUGCACUUCGACAUCAGCAAGUUCGACGACUACAACAAGUCGGACGCCUUGACAUGGUGGCAACGUUUCCUCACGGAAGCAUCAUGCCGCACUGUCCCGGCAGACGGCAUGAUGAAGGCACUCUACUUGCAACUAAUUGGAGGAGCGCAGGCUUGGAUGAAGCAUCUGGCGGCUACCAACAAAUGCACCAUCGCCGACCUCCACACGCACAUCGCGUGGAAUGAGUUCGAGACGCUAUGGUUCACCCGGUUCAUGGUCCGCAACGUCGUGAAGGCGGCCAUGAACGAGGUGUACACCAGCUCUCAAGGAAAUAUGCCAACUCGAGACUGGACAACCAAGUGGCAGAAGAUAGUGACCACACCAGGAUUCGAUUUGAGUUUUCCAAAUCAACGAUCCGAGUUCUUCUCGCGAUCGUGGGCGGGACUGCGGUCGACACUCGGCAACGAGUACGACUAUGACACGUUCCAGGCCAUUCUGGAUCGUGCGAACUUAGUCAUCCAAACGGAUGACAAGGCCGCAAACGAACGGCAGUCCCAGCCGCAUUAUGUGGCUAAGCAGGGCUAUCAACGUCCGGCACAUAACAAUGCCGUGAUUUCUGAAGAAACAGGCGAUCUCCACGCUGCAGCAGCAUCCUCGAGUGAUGGAGGAAUUGUAGCAGCGCUCCCGCCGAAACGUCCCAAGAGAGUUCGGAAGAACAAGGCGAUACAAGAGACAGCAGCGACGGGAACUGGGCAGCAGCCAUGGACGGCUUACAAGAUAACCAAGGAUGUCUAUGACCUUUGUCAAAAGUACGGAUACUGCCUCUGGUGCAACGGCGUCACUCAUGUGACCGCACAAUGCCCCGAAAAGGGCAAGGCAAGCGUACCCCCGCCUGAGCUCACACGACUCUUGCACACCGGUUGGAUUACCAACCAAGAUGUUCCGGAAGACAUAGUGAGCGACCGAGAUACUCGUUUCAUGUCAGCCUUUUGGACUUCCCUCAUGGCUGAGUCCAGUACGACAAUGAAACCGAGCUCGGCUUGGCACCCGCAGACGGAUGGUCAGACGGAACGAGCACACCAGACCGCUCAGAUGAUGUUGCGUACGCUCAUCCGUCCCGACCAGAAAGAUUGGGUUGACCGGCUUCCCGACAUCGAGUUCGCCUAUAACACUUCGGUGCACCCGGCGAUCUGCGUCACACCAUUCGAGYUACAUCAUGGUGGAGAGAAAGCACGGAUCUUCGCUGAUCUCCUUUUGCCACAGGCUGCCGACAUAGACGUCCCUUGCUCUCCCGCUUCCAUGCGGAAGUACCGGGACUUGCUGAUCAAAGCCCGCGCAAUUAUGCAAAAGGCUCAGAUCCGCAUGCAGCAGCAAGCUAACCGACGUCGACUUCCAUGUCCUUUCCGCGAGGGAGACCUUGUUUGGGUCCUCUCCGAGGAAUUUGCGCUCGAGCAGGACGUUUCGCGCAAACUCCUUCCGAAAUGGUUCGGACCAUGGGAAGUCACUUCUGCCGUUGGAGACGAUCCCGCAGGUCCUUCCUUCGUAAUCAACAUUCCACCGCACCUGACAAUGCAUCGGGUCUUCCACGCAUCGAAACUGGCCAUCUACACACCACCUUCAAAUGACGAGUUUCCCGGACGUCGAUCACAGGAUCCGCCCUCCAUGGACGGACAUCAGGAAGUGGACCGAGUCAUCACGCACCGCAAGUAUGGCAACAAGCCAAGGCAGUACAAAGUCACAUUCAAGCAAUGUGCGCCUGAUGACACUCGGUGGAUCUCCAGUACAAACUUGCAGACUUCUGCACCCCUUAUCUUCGCCGACUAUGAGAAGCGACGCCUUGCUAAGGACGCAGCUCGUCCCACUCGACCCAUCCCCGUAUCGGACAGACAACUCCGCCCUCGCAAGUAGCUCGGUCUUUUAAGAGGGGGAGUGUGUUACAUCUUCGACGCCACACGGGUCCUACCGGACCCGACUUAGGGCUAG